AUGUUCGAAUCAGUCACUCAUAAAUCUUUUGACUAUAUGUGGCGUAUUUGGCGUUUUACUGGCAUAUUUCCACCGAAAAAUCACAAAUGGUUUUACAAUUUUUACGCUAUACUUCUUAACAUAGUUUGUGGAAUUCUUUCGCCAAUUUCAAUAUUUGUCAAUCUGUUUUUCGUCCGUGACAUUGAGGUUUUGAUUCGAACAUUACAAUUUACGCUUUACACGUGCACUCUGAGUUUCAAGCAGUUUAUGAUAUACAUUCGGAUGUCUCAAUUAGAAACAGCCAAGUCUUGCCUAAAACAACUUGAUCAACGUGCUAGUGUCAAUAAGGAUGAAUUAAGAUACUUGAGGAAAAUUGUCAAACAAUGUCGAUUCAUUAUUAAAGCUAUACAGCUAAUAUUUGUACUGUCCUUCUUGCAAUAUUUCGUGUCAAGUUUGGUGAAGAAUAGGCCUUUUAUGGAAGGAUGGCUAUCGUGGUAUUCUAGCUCUUCAAGGGCUCAUUAUAUUAUUUCGCUAGCUGUUCAGGUGCUUCCAAUCAUGGUGCAAAUGGUUCAAAAUACAGCAAGUGACGCUUUUCCACCAGUGAGUAUCAAUCUGCUAAAUGGACAAAUUCGUGCUCUUUGUAUGAGAGUUGCAAGAAUUGGCAACGAUACCAGCAAGACUCUUGACGAGAAUUACACAGAACUGAAGCUAUGCAUUAAUGACCAUCGAAACAUCAUAAGCUUGUUCAACAACAUCAAGCCAACAAUUUCACAAACUGUGCUUGUUCAACUUAUCAUCACUGGAAAUGUUCUCUGCUUGACGGUUUUCUUUUUCCUCAAAUUUAACCAUGGAUCAAUUGGACAAUUAUUGGCAACAAUUUUUAAUAUGCUUGCAACAUUAACUGUAUCAUUGCCGGUGUGUUAUUUUGGAAAUUCACUAAUGGAAGAAACUAGAGGCCUUACAACAGCCAUUUAUAAAUGCAACUGGAUCGAUCAAACAAUAAAGUUUCGAAAAACUCUUAUAAUAUUCAUGCAACAUUCUCAGAGAGAACAUAUUAUUAACGCUGGAGGUCUAAUAACAAUUAAUUUACAAACAUUUAUUGCUAUUAUUCGCUAUUCAUUCUCGUUGUUUACUCUUUUAGAGCGUAUCGAGGAAUGA